ACUGCGUCCGUCUAACGAUCCAAAGUGCGUACAUGUCCAGCUUGUGCUAGCUUGCUUUUUAUUCCUACAGUUAGAGUGUUUUUUCUCAGAAAGUUCCCUUUAAACAAAUCCAGCCAUGGCGAUGCAAGCAGCUAAACGAGCGAAUAUUCGUUUACCUCCAGAGGUAAACAGGAUAUUAUAUAUCCGUAACCUUCCUUACAAGAUCACUGCCGAAGAGAUGUAUGACAUCUUUGGAAAGUACGGGCCUAUUCGUCAAAUCAGAGUUGGGAAUACACCAGAGACCAGAGGCACAGCCUAUGUUGUAUAUGAAGACAUCUUUGACGCCAAAAAUGCCUGCGAUCAUCUUUCAGGAUUCAACGUCUGCAACAGAUACUUGGUUGUGUUGUAUUAUAAUGCAAACAGGGCUUUCCAAAAAAUGGACACAAAGAAAAAGGAGGAGCAGCUGAAACUUCUCAAAGAGAAGUACGGGAUAAAUACAGACCCACCAAAAUAGUCAUCAUGGAUAUUUUUUUAACUCUGUUCUAUCUUGCACCCAUCUCAUUUUCACUUUACUGCUUUAGGUAAUACUUGUUUAAAAGAAAUUACUGUUUGACCAUUGUUAAUUGCUUGAUCUGAAGUCUUUUGGUUGACCUAAUUUCUUAUUCAAUUAAUUUUCUAUUGAUAUUGAAUAAAAUGAUAUUUGUUCAUCAGGGUUUGUUUU